AUGUGACUCAAUCGACGACUGAGCGCAAAAUCUGUCAAUCUUCGCUGCAGAAUUGCGUGUAAAUUGUAUUGUAACAUAUUUUUCCUUUUUUGCAUUUUUCUGACCCAAUUUUCCCGGCAAUUUCCCCCGAGAAGCUGAAAGAAAAUGACGGAUGAACGUGAAGACCUCCCGCGGGAAUUUGAUUUGACUGUCAUUGGCACAGGUCUCACGGAAUCAAUUGUAGCAGCUGCAGCUAGUCGUGUGGGGAAGACAGUGCUGCAUUUGGAUGUGAAUGAAUACUACGGGAGCUACUGGGCGUCAUUCAAUCUGAAGAACCUUCAGGGAUUGCGUGAGGAAUGUAGCGGUGGGGAGCAGCAACAGGAGAUGCUUGAGUCCAAUGGGGUGCAACUGUGGAGGCACAGCAAUCAAGUGCAGAAUGUCCAGAUGCAGUGGCACGUUCCGGAACAGUGUGACGCAGAGGCGGAAACGACAACAGGGUGGUCAAAGGAACGAAUAAUGCGUGAUUCACAUAAAUUCAACAUUGAUCUCGCCCCGAAACUUCUCUUUGCGCGCGGAGCAAUGGUUGAACUGCUGAUCUCAUCGAAUAUCUGUCGAUACGCUGAAUUCCGGUCCGUGGAUAGGAUUGCAACGCUCUACGAUGGGCAGAUUAAGACAGUCCCGUGCUCCAGGGCGGAUGUUUUCAACACAAAAGAGGUUUCAAUGGUUGAGAAGCGAAUCCUGAUGAAGAUGCUCGAAACGUGUAUGCAAUGCGAAGAAGGGAAUGAAGAGUUCGAGUAUAAUCGCGAGAAUACCUUCCGGCAAUUCCUGGAGACGAAGCACCUCCCGCCGAAGCUCAUUCAUUACCUUCUCGAUGCGAUAAGCAUGUCAAAUGUGCACACAUCUUUCGAGAAGGGCCUCCAUCGGGUGCGACGCUUCAUUGAGAGCCUCGGCAGGUAUGGGAAUACCCCCUUUCUCUUCCCCAUGUACGGCUGUGGGGAACUUCCGCAGUGUUUCUGUCGCCUCUGUGCUGUCUUCGGUGGCAUUUACUGCCUCCGGCGUCCCAUUGAGCGAAUCACACUGCAAUCAGACACGCCCGGAAGUUCCGGGCGUCGCCUUGCGAUGGAAAUUGGGCAGCAGGGAAGCAUCCAAACGGACAAUAUUGUCUUUGGGUCAGGGACAAUUUCAAUCACGGGUGAAUAUCAGAACCGUAGCUGCCUGGCGGGAUUGCCCGAGAUGAUUGCGCCCCGGAAGUGUGGCAACAUGUCCCGCGGAAUCUUCCUCGUGGACGCCCCCCUUGGCGGGGCAGCUGACAACACCGGAGGCGGUGGCGUUGCCCUCCUGAAGCUCCCCCCGGCCACGGACACGCCGGCAGACAAACAGGGAGCCUUUGUGAUUCAACUCUCCCACUACAGUGGCACCUGCCCACCAGGUGUCUUUGUGAUUCACAUAACGUGUGAUGCUGAUAUUGAUCCGCGAUUGGAUUUGCAACCCUACGUCGAUCAGCUGCUCUCAACGUACGAAAGUGACGUCGACGAGGCAACAACAGCCCCCCCAGAGCCCACUGAUGCUCCCGCCGAAGCACCCAGCAGGGCAGCAAAGAAGCCACGAAUCCUCUUCUCGCUCUACUUCACCAUUCCGCAGUGCUACAAAUGUGAUAACUACGAUAAAUUACCCGAUGGCGUGCACCUCGCAUGUGGCCCCUAUCUCGAGCUUGACUACGACACGUCAAUCCAGCAGGGGCGGGAACUCUUCCAUAAAAUCUACCCCGAUGAGGAAUUCCUACCGCGAUGCCCUGAACCCGAAGAGAUUGUCUUUUAAAUCAUUUUUAAACAAGAAAACAAACAAUGUAUAAAGUUUUUUUUUUAUUAUUUCUCAAAUAAAAGACAUCAAUUAAGGAA